CAAAACUGUUUAAAUUACUCAGCCACAGGAGUUGAGCUUUCCAAAAGUGUCCUCUUUGCCGAGACUCUUGAACUGGAAGCAGAUCUUGAGGAAAUCCACAAUAUUAUUCUACUGCAAAGCCAUUUUAUUUACAUUGUAUUCUGCUUGACUGACUAAAAGGCUACCCAAAAGAUGGCUGGAAAACCCAAACUACACUACGCUCGAGGGAGAGGGAAGAUGGAAUCCAUCCGCUGGCUUCUUGCAGCUGCUGGAGUGGAGUUUGAAGAACAAUUUCUAGAAAAAAAGGAAGACUUGGAGAAAUUACGUAGUGACGGAUGGCUGCUCUUCCAGCAAGUGCCCAUGGUAGAAAUGGAUGGGAUGAAGAUGGUGCAGACACGGGCCAUUCUCAGCUACAUCGCCGGAAAAUACAACCUCUAUGGGAAGGACCUGAAGGAGAGAGCCCUGAUUGACAUGUAUGUGGAAGGGACAACUGAUCUGAUGGGAUUGAUUAUGUCCCUUCUUUUCCAACCCCCUGAGGAAAAAGCAAAGCAAAGGGCCCUAAUUAUUGAGAGAGCCACAACCAGAUACUUCCCGGUUUAUGAAAAGGUUUUAAAAGACCACAGACAAGACUUCCUUGUUGGUAACAAGCUUAGUUGGGCAGACAUUCAUCUGCUUGAAGCUAUUCUAAUGACGGAAGAGGUGAAGCCUGAUAUUCUCUCUAAAUUCCCUCUGCUGCAGGCCUUCAAAACAAGAGUAAGCAACAUCCCCACCAUUAAGAAGUUUUUGCAACCAGGCAGCCAGCGGAAACCUCCACCGGAUGAUGAGUUCCUUGUACAGGUCAAGAAAAUCUUCAGCUUCUGAA